UUAAACACCUAAUGAGGGCAACAGCGACAAAAUGGGACUUACAUAAAAGGACCCCCUGGGCUUUCUAAUGUGUCUGUGUUUGAUGAUGGAGCAGUUUGUUUAUUCACCUCUCAAUUCGGCUCCUUAUAGUAAUGGAAAGCCCAGACAGCAAAACUGGAGGCAAAAACAUUACCCUCCGGGAAAUGUUGAAGCUGUCGAUUACUUGGAUAACUAUAAGAGGGCGCAGCUGAAAGCUAUUCUCUCUCAGGUCAAUCCUAAUUUGACUCCGCGUCUCAGGAAAGCGAAUACCAAAGAAAUUGGGAUUCAGGUUAAUCCAAAGGUAGAUGCUUCUGUUCAAUGUUCGCUGGGACCUAGGACUCUACCUCGACAGAAACGACGUUCUGUAACCGAAGGAGUUCGGUCGCCGUCUCCGGCCGGUGCUACAGAUGUCAGCAGUGAGGCUGUCGGCGCUACAUCACGGUCUCCUACCGUCGUGCGUUUUUCUCGCCCCAUCGCCGUCUAUUCGCCUGUGUUUGAUCGGCGUAUGGGAGAAAAGAACCAAGGACGAGAAAAAAAGGAUAGUAAGGUUUCCCCCGAGGGUUUGGAGGAAGAUUCUGCUCCACACCAGGAAAAAGAGGCUUUUCUUCGUGAAAAAGAAAAUGCGGAUACAGCGGAUAUGGAAAACCAAGAAGCAGUAGGUCAGAAUGACCAAGAAGUCAAGGGAAAUGAAGGCAAACAGAGGUUUCGUUUCCAGUUUUUGGAGCAGAAGUAUGGCUACUAUCACUGUAAGGACUGCAACAUCAGAUGGGAAAGUGCUUAUGUUUGGUGCAUUUCAGGAACUAAUAAGGUUUACUUCAAGCAAUUUUGCCGUAAAUGCAAUAAGGGAUACAAUCCUUACAAGGUGGAAGCUAUUCUCUGUCAGGCGUGCUUCAAACACUGCUGUACUUGCACUCAAAAAAAGCGACACAUUGAUCCAAAAAGACCACAUCGCCAGGAGUUGUGUGGCCGUUGUCGAGGGAAACGGUUAUCCUGUGAUAAUACAUAUAGCUUCAAAUAUAUUGUUUGAAACUUGCUACUUUCUGCAGAAUCAGCAGAAUACUGAUUCUGUAUGGUACUAGGGCUACUUAAAUGGCAUGGAAAAUGGAUCGUUUUGUAUUCCUAAAUUAUGAAUUUAAAAUGUUAUGAAAUUAA